AUGGUCUUCCUCUUUCGCAGACAGCCCUUGCGCUCGUUCUAUGGGCUCUGCAAUGCCCUCACCAUCCUGUUCAUCCGCUUGCCUGUAUGGAUGCUCACAUUCACCGUCCCUUCGUGGCGUCCUGUAGCUACAUGGACCAUGAAACGCUCACUUGCAGUCACCGCCUUUCGGGCAUUCGUGCACGGCAUGUUCAUGACUGCACUCGUCCCGCUUCCAUACCCCAAAGAGGACAAACCCGACCCCAAAGAACCUGGAAUCGCAUGGGCAGACCCUGUGCCCGAUCUUAUUGUUGGUGAAAUCAGCGACUAUGCCAGGGCCAACCAGGUCGACGCCGUCAGAACCCCGGGUUUCUGGUAUGGUCCGCGAGGGCCCAACGGAGAAGUGGGCCAAAAGGCAUCUCCGGGCGAAAAGGUGAUAUAUCACUUCCACGGUGGAGGGUUCGUGCUUGGAACCUCGCGUCCGUCGAACAAGGCCACGCAGACGCUAUUCAGCGGGUUCUCUGAACACUUCUCUGGAGACACGCGCAUCUUUGCACUCGAGUUCCGCCUCGCCAGCACGCCGCCCCUCGGCGAUGCUAACCACUUCCCGGCAGCGUUCAUCGACGCCAUCACCGGAUACCACUAUCUCGUGCAUGACCUCGGCUUCGCACCCGCCAAUAUCCUUCUGGAGGGUAACUCCGCGGGCGGGCUUCUCGCCUUCUCGCUCGCACGCUACCUCGUCGCAUACCGUGCGCAGCUGCCCGCCGAGCUCGGCGUGCCCUGCGGCGUCCUCAUGUCCUCCCCAACGCUCGACUGGGCCGCUUCAUACACUGGCCCGGACGCGUCCCUCACGCGGAACUUCCAAUCGGAUUACACCGACCGCUUCUUCAGCAGCGGGUACUCCCUACGAGCACUUGCGGGGCAGCUGCCCUUGGACCUCGCUGCGACGAGCGCGUGGACGUCGCCCGGCGCGCGCCACGCGAAGAUCACGCCAGGCACGUUUGCGGGUGUCCCGCGGACGUGCAUUGUGAGCGGCGGCGCAGAGAUUGCGCUGGACGCGAUUCGUGCGUUCCGCGCGCGCCUCGAGGCGGACGUCGGCACCGAGGGCGUAACGUACAUCGAGGUAGCGGGUGCUGCGCACGAUUUUCUCACGGUAACGUGGUGUGAGCCGGAGAGGACGAACGCGCUGCGCGAGGUUGCGACGUGGGCGCGAGAGGUGUGGGCGGCGUAA